GUUAACCUCUACAGUGCUGGAGAGAGGCGAUCCGGUUCCUGUCCUACUAAUACCCACUGAUCAUCACCACACUACAGAGAGGGCGGAGAAUGACAUGGUGAAGAUGUUGUGCCUGUUGGGUGGGAGGAUCAGACUGUGAAGACGUAUCAGGAAGUCUCUCUGUUGGUGUCACAUGACCUGACCAUCUACCAUCAGGAAGAUGAAGUUUAAAGCCAGUUUAUACGUCUCUGCUGCAGCCGUGUCUCUGGUUCUGCUGCUACUACACAGCUGUGAUAAUACUAAAGUGUGGAUUCGACUAUUCUUUGGCUAUCCAAUAGAAACUAGAGAAGAGCAACUUUUCAAGCUGGAUGUUGGGUGGCCAAGAGAUCCCAGCCUUUUCACCGGCACUCCCUAUGAUGUUGCUGUGGAUCACCAAAAUUCAUUGGUUUAUGUUGUUCAGAGAGGGGACAAUGUAUCCAAAGUUCUGGUGUUCACAGAGGAAGGAUACUUUAAGGAAUCCUGGAAUACUAACACACUUGAGAUGCCCCAUGGUAUUUUUGCAGCAAUUAAUCCGAAUGAACAAUCUAUAUGGAUAACAGAUGUUGGUCAAGGACAGUAUGGGCACACAGUAAAACAGUAUUCACUGUCUGGAAAGCUCCUUACAGUUCUGGGUACCCCAGGCAAAGCGGGUUCAAAUCUGAGUCCGCUCCAGUUUGAUCAACCUGCAGAUAUAUUCGUUAAAACAAAUGGAGAUGUGUAUAUAGUGGAUGGUGACGGCGGGCUUAACAAUAGACUUCUAAUGCUUACCAAAGAUUUCAAUGUUGAAUGGACUUUGGGAGGUAAUGGAACAAAGCCCGGUGAAUUCUAUAUUCCUCAUUGUGUUGCAGUGGAUGAAUUUGGACGUGUUUGGGUUGCAGAUCGGGGCAAUAAAAGAAUACAGGUGUUUGAUAGCAUCACUGGGGAAUGGAUUGGAACCUGGGACACCUGUUUUUCCGAAGACGGGCCCUACUCAGUCAGGAUAACAGCGGACAGGAAGUAUAUAGUUGUGGCCCAGCUCAACAUAAGCCGUCUGCUGUUUUUGUCCUUUCCACCUAUAGGACAGAUUGGGCAAUGCCAAGUGGUCAGCACUAUCCAGAUGGCUGACGGCGUUCGGCCUCAUCUUGUAGAUGUCAGUCUAACGACUGGUUCAGUUUAUGUGGCGGAACUUGGUGCUCAGCAAGUACAACGAUAUGUAUAUGUGUGAAAGAGCAAUGGGCUAAGCCUGGAGCGCAUUUGUAUUUUUUUGCCUUAGAGGCCCCAUGUUGUUUUACUGCACUGCAUUCAAACUCUGGGGAAAUGUCAGCGAUGUGAUUUUGUCCCACACAUUCUCCAACGUGAUCAAGCAAGCAUAGAGUUUCAAAGAAAAGUCUUAAACCGAGCUUGUGCUUUGAUGAAAAGCCUAAUUGUAAUAAUUUAGACUUUGUUCUAGAGACAUACUGAGGUUGCAAUCUAUUUUUCCUGCCAGCUGUCCAGUUCACCUCUCUGGUGCAGUCCUUCUCCAUGGACCCUUCAAUCAGCUGGACAAUGCAUCUUUUAAGCAGUUUAGCAUGGAUAAACAAAGAUAAGAACUGGACCCAAGAAAAAAUCUGCAAUUGAUUUAUUUUCUUAAAGCCCAACUUUGGGCACAAGAACAAAAUGGCCCUCACACAGCUGGAGUUUAUUUCUCAUCAAGUCUUGAGACAUAGGAAUAACGAGUAAUACUUUUUUUAUGCCUCACUCCUGUAGGGUUCCUAUAUCCAGGCAACAGCGCCCACAAAGGCUUCUCUCUAGGCUGCGAUCACAUAUCCGCCCCCUCCACAUGCAAUGCAGGGCUAAAAGCAAUGCAUUGUGUGAGCUGAUGCUGAAGGACCACCCACAGCCCAUAGGCUUGGGGAGGAGAGGACAGUGCUGGAGCCUAGUGGAGCAUUGGUUACAGUAAGUUCUACAUCUUCAGCUCCCCCCACACCUAAUGAGCAUUUAACCCUUGCAGCGCAGGGAGCCCCCACUACUGCAAGGGGUGCUUUUUUUCUGUCCCGGAAUUGGGAUUUUGAUUGGGAGCUAUGGCAGUACCUACUUCCUGUAGAUGAGGAUAUGUUUCUUAUUGUUGAUGGCAAUGGUUUACUUUUUGAUUAAAUUGCAUUGUUUGUAAUUGCUUUCAUAAUGUCUAGAUUUAAUGAAAAUGAUAUACUAUGUAAAAUAAAAAUGCCUUGAACAAGUUUUACUAA